GAUUUGGCACUGUGGCGUGAGGGUUUCUUGUCUCUACUGGACGACAUGUUAAAUUACAUUGAUUGAUUUAGACGUUUGAUUAAGACAAUAGCGAAGCAUUAGCAACCUUCAAAGGAAAACGGAGUUGCUCGUUAGUUAAAUCAGCAAGACAUUGCAAAAACAAUAAAUAAAAGCCAAAAAACAAAACAAAACAUUAACAAAAGAAACAGAAAAAAGAGACAAACGGCAAGAAACUGAUCGAUAAAAAGGAAAGGAAGAGAGAGAGAGAGAGAGAGAAAAAAAAAAAGAAAAAUGGUGGCAAGGUUAGCGCAAGGGCCGCCAGGUGGCAGCUCGAGCGACAAGAUGAAACUCAGUCGAAAUAACACGUUACUCCCGUUUCCGCCGCAUAUCCUCGAGGAAAUGGGUCGAGGAGGAGGUGGUGGAGGUUCAGGAGGAUUGGGAGAAGGAUUAGGGCUCCCUAAAAACCCGAGUAAGAUGUCCUUUCUCGAGUAUUACCAGGUGGACCUCGAGGGAAUCCGGAGCGAGUUUCGAAGCACCGGAUCAGCGGGAUGCUAAAUUACAUUGAUUGAUUUAGACGUUUGAUUAAGACAAUAGCGAAGCAUUAGCAACCUUCAAAGGAAAACGGAGUUGCUCGUUAGUUAAAUCAGCAAGACAUUGCAAAAACAAUAAAUAAAAGCCAAAAAAAAACAAAAAAAAACAUUAACAAAAGAAACAGAAAAAAGAGACAAACGGCAAGAAACUGAUCGAUAAAAAGGAAAGGAAGAGAGAGAGAGAGAGAAAAAAAAAAAAAUGGUGGCAAGGUUAGCGCAAGGGCCGCCAGGUGGCAGCUCGAGCGACAAGAUGAAACUCAGUCGAAAUAACACGUUACUCCCGUUUCCGCCGCAUAUCCUCGAGGAAAUGGGUCGAGGAGGAGGUGGUGGAGGUUCAGGAGGAUUGGGAGAAGGAUUAGGGCUCCCUAAAAACCCGAGUAAGAUGUCCUUUCUCGAGUAUUACCAGGUGGACCUCGAGGGAAUCCGGAGCGAGUUUCGAAGCACCGGAUCAGCGGGAUGCAUGGCUUCGGCGUGGCGGGUGAUCUCCUUCUUCCUGGUGGUGUUCGUUCUGCCGACGGUGCUCAUCUCCCUGCCUCUCUACGCCCGCUACCACCUCUACCACGCCCGCCACUUGCCCAUGACGGAAACGGACACGCGGGCACUCAACCACGCCGUGUCCUCUUUCUGGUGUCAGGGCCAGCGGGUGACGACCAAUGGCACCCUAGACGCUUUCCUGGUGGCCGGUGCUCCUCGCCUGCUCACCCAGAGGCGCCACGUCGUCCUCCGGAAGAACCUCACCCUCCAGCAUGACGACAUCGAGUACUGGGGUGUCUACUUGCUCGAGGGAUCCAGCUUCUCCCUCUCCUCGUGUGCAAGAUGGCCCGGCGGCACCCUGCUGGUGGUCGAGGGAGAGGAGAACCUGCGUAAGUGCUUCUACAAGGAGCAGAAGCUGCAGAACGAGCUCAACGGCGGGACGGCGGCGCUGAAGCCCGUUUACCACGGGGACACCGAUGCCGAGCCCGACGACGGCCCGAGAGACGAAGACAACGACGAGGACGAGGACGUCGGCGGCGAGGUCUUCGACGACGACCACGAGCACGACCUUCGCCUUCUGGAGGCCGACGACGGCGAGGUGAGAGAGAUCGAGGGCAACGGCGACGGGGUGGACCUCACGCCCUCCCUGAGCCACCCGAAGAACCUGAAGGCGCGCAAGAGCGAGAAGCGCAAGCUCCGGAAGGGCAAGAAGAACAGGAAGGACAAGAAGGCCGAGGCGCGUCGAGGGCGGUCCCGGAGGUCGCGCCUCGGGGAGCGGGUGCGCCGCAACAGCCCCGCCUUCGACGACAACCGGGAGAUGACGCUGCUGGAGAAGUUGGAGAUCCUGCACAGGCUGAACGACACGGUGGACAUCACGUCGGGCAACUCCUCGUUCUCGAGCAGCGAGGAGUUCCUGGAGCAGUGCAAGGACACCAUCCUGACGGUGGACCUCUCCCCCUUCGUCGACUGCCGGGCCCGCAUGGACGACGCGAACCAGGGCAGCGACGGCCAGUGGACGUUCAAGAUCAACAAGACGGACUACUACUACUUCAUCUUCACUUCGGACAACUCCAUCGAGCUGAACCUCCUGGACUUCAACCUGGACCUGCAGCGCGCGAUCUACGACGUGAGCUCCCCGCUGGACACCUGCCGGAACGCCACGGAGUGCGUGUUCCCGCUGGCCUUCACCCAGGAGGAGGCCGUCGUGGUCGAGGUCCCUGCGCAGGAGCGGCUGCAGGAACUCCACUCCUUCGAGGUGACGACCACCUGCCAGCCGCGAGUGCCCGUCUACAUGGUCUUCAUCCUGCUCGUCCCCUUCAUCAUCUUGCUGUUCGCUUUCCAGUGAUUUUCUCUCCUUUUUUAAUGUUUUUGUUUUCGAAUUUCCAAGCAGAAGCAUAAAUGCUCGUUUAUUCGUCCAUUUCGUCCAAAAGGGCAAAGUUGCAGUGGUCGAAGUGAAGCUGCGGACUAUAUCAAUGUCAAAGAGAAAUACGACAAUCGAUUGUGGCAUUGCAAAAGUUGCAGCAGAUGUUGCAAAGCAAGCGGUGUUAUCAAAAGGCAUGCAUUCAAAAAACUUGGCGUAUUGUAUAUAUAAACAAGAAUGCAGGAUGUAGUGGAUCCCCCCCCCCCCUUGAGUUUAAAAAAAAAAACUAAAAGUGACUCUGGGUAGGACAGAACCAGUGUCGUUUAAUGGGAGUAACAAAGGCCCAGAAGAGAACAGGAAGGCGGCGCGGAAGGCGUGUCCGGCGGGGCUCGCAGGAGGCAACUGGCAUUAUCCUCCCCUCGCCUCCCGUCGCCCGAGGCCGGCCACGCGCCUGCGCAAAGCUACCUGCCAAAACAUGUGCUUCUCGAACCGCCUUUAAACUAGUCAUUUCCUCCCAGAGGUCAGUGACGCCUGGCUCAGAGUUCACUUUGACGGCGGUGAUGACGAGCGGUCGCGGCGCGGGUGCCACUGCGGCCGCGGGUUGUAAAUAUCUAUCCUCCUCGAAGUGUGAUAUCACGGUGUUCUCUUUUAGACUCGAUCAAACGAGUAAAUACAAAGUGAUCUUGUAGUGAGCUCUGGUUCCCUGAAAAUAAUCUUAAAAAAAAAAUAGUUUGUGGAGUGCAACUCUGAAAUGAAGCCAUACUCAGAAAGUUUAAAAGUUUAGAUGUAAACUACUACUACUACUUUUACUCUCACUAAUGGUAUUACUUCUACUGUUACUUCAUCCAAUGCUGUCACGAUCAUUGCCAUGGCAUCCUAAAUCCAUUAUUAGUAUUAAAAAUUUGUUUUUGAAUCCAUGUUUGACAUGUACUUCCGAGAACGACGAGGGCAUGUGAUUGCCUCAUAGUAUUAGGUUGAUAAGGAAGUCUUUCCCGUAAACGUGUGCAAGGUGUGUUUUGGUAUCUGUAGGCGUUUGCCUGGUUUUGUGUCACCCUUUGAGUGUCAUCUGUAUUUUUUUUGUUUUUGUUUUUUCUUGCUACGAGAUGGUUGGGUCUUUCCAGUAUAGGAGAGCCUGUAAAGUGCCACACGCUUACAACCUUGUAUAAAAAGAUAUAUAUAUUCCAUACACUGUGAUUGUGGACAUUCUUGCUUAAUGACUUGAAGCAGAUCUUGGGAUUGUUAAAAAACACGUACAGAAUACUCGAUACUAGCUAGCAAGUGAUGUAGGCUUUUGUCAUUUCAAGAGAACCGAGUAUUCGGUCUGCUCAUUUAAUCCACCGCUACUGUAGCCAAAAAAACAAGUAAUCUGACAUAUUAGAAAUUCCAAGGGAAAAGCUACAGUACGUGUGAAAAUGCCCUCGAUAUGCCGGUCUGGUGGUAGUCUAAUACUGGGGUAGUUUUGUACAUCUGCUCUGUCUCACAAGAGUAGUUUAUGCCAGCAAAAUGAAGGCUGAUCUCAUUAUUACCUCUCCCUUUUCACCCUAAAAGAAGUCCAAAUUUUAUGAUUCGUCGAUUACUGACUUGUGUUCAAUUUCCUUUCAGUAGUAAAUAGUGUAUCUAUUUACAUAGGUGGUCGUUGACGAGGUUUUUCGAUUGAGGAAAACUAAUUCUCUCGCUCUUCCGCUUUUCUCUAAUAUAUUUUCCAGCAAUAUGACUUUUAUUUUAGCGUCAUAUCGUUUAGCGAGAUCCAAAUCGUCAUUUUUAUAUGUGACACAAAAUUUGUAUAGUAAUUAAAACCCCCUCACAUGCAUUCCACAGAUCAUUUCUUUAUUAUUUAGCUUCUUUGCCAUGUAUUCUGUAUGUACACACGGUCUUGCGCACCAUGUGAUCCCAACAUUGUGCCUUAAAGCCAGUACAAAUAUGUAUAUAUGUGAAUGUCAUUUGUAUUGAAUUCUGUUUCUUUGUAAAUUAUUUUGUACCAUUGCUCACGACAAAAUAUAACUGUUAACAAAA